AUGUUUCAGCCAGAGCUCCUCGUCAUUGUGAUAGGCUCCUCCUUCGCCUACGCCUGCGAGAAACACGACACGCCACCACCUGGAGAGGGUGGGGUGCUGGACAGUGUGCUAGACAUUGUCGGUGGCGUUUGGACCUUCGGGCAGCUCGUUCUGUUCAGCAUGUUGGGCAGUCGCCUCGAUGUGACAGUGUUUCAGCAGGUCUUCCACGUCCUUCCCCUCAUGGUGGUCGGGCAAGCAUUCCGCUUUCUUGGGGUGGGGCUGUCGACCAUUCUGGUGGUGAAGCUCGAGUGGCGCACCUGUGCAGGUGACCCACCUGAUGAAGUCUGCAGGAAGUCUUUCCAAGCAACUGAAUGGCCCGAUGCGAUGUUCUGCUUCUUGUCAGCGAUGCCGAGGGCGACGAUCCAGGGAGCCCUUGGGCCAGUUCCCCUGGUCAAGAAGUUCUUUCCGCUGGAGCCGGCUGCACGUGGCCAGGAGGUCCGGCUCUUCAUCGCAGCAGCGGCGAGGCUCUACGUCCUGGUCUGCGCAGUUGCAGGCUCCAUCCUGCUGGACGACUAUGGCCCAUGGUAUCUAGAAGAGGCAAAGGAUGAGGCGGGCCGAGCUAAACGCUGCAAAGCAUGCCAUGCAAGUGAAGUUGAGCAAGCACGGAAGUCCAUCAUGACCAUUGCUGAGCAGAGCGAAUCAGAGAACAGCGAUGGAUCUCAGGAGGAGGAUCUGGAGGGUGGGCUGCAAGGGCCAGCAGGCACAGCAGAAGAUGGACCAAAGGUCCAACCAAAACCGCGCAAGACUCGCGUAGCAUUCCGUCAGGAAGGUGAGGAAUCCGACGAGCUGCCGGCUCCAAAGCGCCGAGCACGUAAGGCACAGACGGCAGCUGCAGGCUUAAAGGAGCACAUGGAGAACUGGACGUAUUCGUCGUCGGAAGCUCGUAGGCGAACCCUUGCUGAGUCCAUGGCAAUUCCACGCCGGCGCCGGUCAAGUGUGUCGGGAUCUCAUCCAUCUGACAACCGUGCGUCCCACACUUCCUUGCCUCGACGUGGAGUGCUGUUCUCGAUGGAUGCUCCCCGGCCACCGGAGGACGACUAUGAAGAGCACGACACGGGAGCAGGCACAGGUGCAGACAUAACUCAACUGCAUCCAGCCUUGCUCGGCCCGAGGAGUCAGAGGUACAUUCCCGUUCCGCACGAAUCCACCAGCCAGCUGUCCAGAGAGGCGACGCCGCUGGAAGGACCUGCCACACAGGGAGUUGAAAGCGCCGGUGAUCCGAUGUCCGCGGAUGUGGUGCAAGAUGCACCCCAUCAGUCGCACGGUGAAGAUGCUACGCUGGAUGGACCAAACUCAGUUGCCGAUGUGCCCCAGACCCGCGACGAGCAGGAUGGCGAAGCAGGGCAUGAAGCAACUCCGGAAGAGGUGGUCCCAGAGAAGCCUCCAGACUCCGCACCCCCGCCUACAAGUUCGCCAGACUCCCCGGAGCAGGCUCCCGUCCCAGCUUCGGCCACCGAAGCGCAGGGCAGAACCCGACGAAGCGUGGCCGAGUGCGAUGAGUUCGGGCAAGACUCCGCCCGAAGGGCGAGUAUGCCCGUGCACGCCGAGGGCUCUGGAAUAGGGGAGCUGAACACCCUAGAUCAACCCUCGGUGGACAAGCCCAAUGAGCCUUGA